AUGACGAAAACCGACUAUUACGAGGUCCUCGGAGUAACCAGACAAGACUCCGAGGAAGAGAUACGCAAGGCCUUUCGCAGAAAGGCCAUGGAGUACCACCCGGACCGCAACAAGGAACCCGAUGCAGAGGAAAAAUUUAAGGAAAUUAACGAGGCUUACCAAGUAUUGAGCGACUCUUCCAAGAGGGCCCAAUACGACCGGUUCGGUCACGCCGGGGCAGAUGGAGGAGGUUUUGACCGCCCCUUCGACGGAUUUGACGUCUUCGGUGGCUUCGGAGAUAUCUUUGACUCUUUCUUUGGCGACGCGGGUGGACGCCGUAGCCGAGCACCCCAGCGCGGCAGCGACCUGCAGCAACGGGUCAACCUCACAUUCCAGGAGGCGGCUUUCGGCGUUGAGCGAGAGAUCGAAGUUUCAAGAGUUGAAAUCUGCCACAAUUGCUCCGGGGCUGGAAACGAACCCGGAACACCGGUCAACACUUGCGGAACAUGCGGUGGCAAUGGACAAGUACGCCGCACUCAACGCAGUCUUUUUGGCCAAUUUGCCCAAGUGACGACUUGCCCAACGUGCCAGGGCAAAGGCAGCACAAUUGAGAGUCCAUGCGCCAUCUGCCGCGGCGUGGGAAUGGAACGCCGCAAUCCAGCGAAGACUCCUGGAAGAGUUUGCCAAGUCAUCGACCCUGAUUUCGGGGAGAAAGACAUCGGCGAACCUGAGGAAGGGUUCGUGGAAAGUGAAGAAGGCAUCGCCUUGGAUCAGGAAGAGGACAGGAACUCCAAGGAGAAGGGUAUAUUUGACCGCAUAAAGGAUGUCUAA